AUGGCACAUGCGACACCACUGAAGCGGCUGUCUGUGAUGGCUGGUCAGCACGGUUUAUCCAACCUACAUAUACCAACCAUUACGGAUGAUGCAGAGGAUGUCGUCGGACGAAUCCGAUUACAGAAAAAUGACAGAAUUAGCGUUAUCGCGAGUCAAUGGAUGGACAAGCAACGCAACAACUUACAAGCAUACGAAUACCUAUGCCAUAUUGGUGAAGCCAAAGAGUGGAUAGAAGACUGCUUACAGGUGGAAAUCGAUCCCAUUAUUCGACUGGAAGAGACAAUGCGAGACGGCAUUGUAUUGGCAAAACUGGCAUCGUGGUUCGCUCCAGGAAGUGUCCACAAAAUUGUUACGGUAAGUCAUCUUGCAACUUGUUUAAUGCUACGGGGUUUCAGACGUCUUACAACCGUUUCCAGGAUACCAAGCAUAAAUUUCUGCUUUCGGAAAAUAUCAAUGCUUUCUUCAACGGUCUGCGUGUCGUACGCUUGCCGCAGAUUUUCUGGUUCGAGCUCACCGAUUUGUACGAUAAGAAAAAUAUUCCCAAAGUUAUUUACUGCAUUCAUGCAUUAA